AUGGAGAACGUGGCAGCUGAGAAAGUGGCUAAUGCAUCGAAGCUUGCCGAACAAAAAGAAAAGAAACUUGAGGUGGAUCGUCUGCCAGCAAUAAAUGAUGAUAUUCAAGGAGAUGAAAAGAAAUACAAACUGAAAAAAGUGCUUGGAGAAGGCGGAUACGGCACUGUGUUCCUCAGCCAGGAUGGCGAAAGAUCGGUUGCCGUGAAAACGGAAAAGUUCAGCAAAUCGAUGCUACAUAUCGAUGUGGGAGUGCUGAAAGCGGCCAAAGCAGCGAAGGCAAGGCACUUCUGUGAGCUAAUAGAUUAUGGAUCGAAUAAGCCGGAUUACGUGUAUAUGGUGAUGACGUUGCUGUAUAAGGAUUUGCACAAGCUGAGAAAUGAAAUGCCGGACAAACGCUUCACCAUCAGCACGUCGCUUAGAGUUUCUAUGCAAUCGCUGAAGGCCAUAGAGGAACUUCAUAAACUCGGCUACAUUUCACGUGACAUAAAACCAGGAAACUUCGCUCCUGGGCAUCGCUGCAACAGGCAGUCUAAAAUCAUCUUCCUUUACGACUUUGGUCUGUCAAAGAGGUACAUUGACAAGGACCUUGGAAGAAGAGAUGAUUUGGAAAGCUGGUUUUAUAUGAUUGUCGAAAUGACAAGAGGAACUCUUCCUUGGAGAUUUGUCUCAGAGCGAAAUGCGGUGGGUUCCGCGAAGCAAGCGGCUCGGGGAGCUGGUCGAAAACAGUUUCUAUACGAAACGCCGAAGCAAUUCGACCGGAUCCUCACCAUGGUGGAUUCGUAUUCGUUUGAGUCACAACCGGAAUACGAAAAAAUUUAUAAGACCCUAGAAGAAGUACGCUUUUUAUGA